AAAGUGGUUACUGUGCAGAGGUCAAGCCACACACACACACACUGAUACACAGAUCGGCAGAAAGGAAGGAGAAGCAGCCAAGCAGAGGCCCCGGUCUUGUCACCGGAAAGAGAGAAAAAGAGAAGUGAAAUUGAGGAAGAGGAGGAGAAUGUGAUGGCGCAGCAGCAGCGGCGGCGGCGGCGCGGGGGCUCUCUCGCCGUGCUCCUCCUCCUCCUCCUCCUCGCGGCGCUGCUGCUCUCCCUCUCCCUCCUCGCUCGCGUCGACGCCGCCGCCACGGUUUCGUCAGCGAAUCUCGAUUGGAAUGAGGGAGAGGUGGCGGUGGCGACUCCGCUAGGACAGGAGGCGGUGGCGGCGGCGGAGGAGGAGGGUGACCGGCCGCCGGAGAGGGUGGAGAUGGAGUCCAUCAACGACUACGGCCAAGCCAGCGCCAACAACCGCCACAACCCGCAUCCGUGACAUGACCUGCCAACCGGAGCUGGAUCUUAAUUAGCUACUACUAGUUAAUUAUCUAUGCAAUGUUCUCCUCAUUAUCUAAAAAAAAUGUAAUGUGUUCUCCUCAGUAUAAUACUCUCUCCGUCCUACAAUAUAAGAGAUUUUAAUUUUUUAUUUGUAACGUUUGACCACUCGUCUUAUUCAAUUUUUUUUGCAAAUAUAAAAAACGAAAAGUUGUGCUUCAAGUACGGUAGAUAAUAAAGCAAGUCACAAAUAAAAUAAAUAAUAAUUUUAAAAAAUUUUGAAUAAAAUAAGUGGUCAAACGUUACAAACAAAAAUUCAAAAUCCCUUAUAUUAUAGGACAGAGGAGAGAGAGUACUUGUUAGUGCCAAGCUCACACACCACUCUCCCUGCUGGUCAACCUGUACUUGUAGAGGCAUGCAUGUACCUUCACCUUUGCUUCGUUUUCGUAUUAGAAAGAGAGAUCAAGAGAAGCAUCGAUUUCUAGCUUUGUA